AUGGCUGACACGGAACAGCACUUGUUGCGGUACAAGUCACACCUGGAGAAAAAUCCGAAUGAAGACCGGUUGAUGCAAAUUCUGACAAAAUUGGCCAAGUUACCUGUGACGGUAGAGUUGCUGCAGAGCACAGGCAUUGGAAAGACAGUCAAUGGGUUUCGAAAACAAGAAGGUAAUAUUGGAAUCACAGCCAAGAACCUUGUGAAGAACUGGAAAUCUCUUGUGGCAGAACAAGCCAAUCAGGAAACGGCUUACGAACAUCGCCCACCUGACCAAACCAAUCAUAGGCAAGUUAACAACCAAGCAGAAAUUCAUGAGAAACAAUCACGUCACAGAUCUCAUAAUGGAAGGGAGCAUCAUAGCCAAUCAGCAUCGUCAUCUCAUCACCAUGAUGCACCUAAGAGUUCCAAAGGUAGGAGAGAAACAUCAGAUUCUGGGAAUUUGGGCCAAAGGUCAGAGGGCAGGGGUGAAAAGUUUAAACAUGAUGACGGGAAGGAGAAACACAGGGAUCAUCGCAGUCAUCAUGCACAGAAACAAGAACUGUCUGAAUCUCCAGAGCAGUUGUCAUCGUCUCCAGUAGACAAUAAUUCCAGUGGAGAGGAAGAAGAUUUGGCUGACCUACCCAGUCAUGACCAGAUGAAUGAUGGCGAUGCUGAGAGUGACGAAGAUGAGGAAUCUCUCCACAACCAUAGGGCUUCUGAUGUCACCGAUUCCAAGAAAAGUAGUGCCAAAGAUAGUCACAGGUCACAUAAGGAACAUGGUGCAAGGAAAAGUAGUUCCAAAGUUAGUCGUCGAUCUCACGAAGAAAAAUUAGCGAGCACCAGCCAUGGUGAUGCAUCAAGAAAAAGUAGUUCUAAAUUUGACUCUAGCAAAGGUCAUAAUGGUCCUCAUAAGAGUAGUGCUAGUUCUACGAAAGAGAGAACAUCAGACAGUCAAAGCAGAACAAGCUGUUCUAAGUCUUCUGAGAGGAGAACUCCAAAGGAUGAGACUUUUGCUUGUCUUUUUAGUCCUGAUGAUGUGCUCACAUUGCCCACGGAAAAGAGGCAGCAGUCCCGGUUAGGUGAGGAUGGUAGUUUGUGUGGGGAUGAUGAGGGCGUGGACAUGGAUGAUUUCGCGGAAGAACCGGGGUGUGAUAUGUCUGAGACACGGAAAGCAGUGAAACGCCCAGCGGAGUCUGGACUACAUGAGAACCAUAGGAAAAUUGCAAAAAAGGAGUCAAGUGCUGUGAAAGUCCAAAAUGAGGAUGAAAACCCUGGAAUGUCUUUUGAGGAUCUGCUGUCUUAUGACCAGGCACUAGUGAAAAAAGCCCUGAAGAAGAAGAAGGAAAAAGAGUCCUGUGGGGUUGGCAAGAAGAGCAGAGCAUCGCACAAACCGAAAGAGGCAUCGUCCACACCACAUUCCGACAAAAACUCCUCAGAUUUGAGCAAAAAACACUCAUCGCACUCAUCAUCAGAGAAAUCUCACUCUCAUUCUAGCAAGUCACAUUCUAGUAAGGACAAGUCCCACUCUCACUCAAGCUGUGGGAACUCUCACUCGCACUCUAGUUCAGAUAAAUCCCAGUCGCAUUCAAGUUCAGGAAAAUCCAAGUCACAUUCUAGUAAGUCCAGAUCAAGCUCAGGAAAAAGUGAUCCUAAAAGUUCCUCGAAGAAACAGUCUAGCAAAGACAAACAUUCAAGUAAAUAUUGUACAGAUAAGCACAGUUCAUCCAGCAAAGGUCAUGGUGAUAAGCAUGACAAGCAGGGUUCUCCUACAAGGGGGGAUAACUCCAGUAGCCCUACAGCUAACCUCAAUGUUCCUGCUCCCCCGAAACAGGAAAUUCGUUUGACAGAUGCAGACAUCUUGGGAUACCUUCCAGAAACACAAGCUUAUUACAAACCAUUGAGAUUCCAUGGUAUGGAAGACCAGAGGGGCAAACAUGGCGAAACAAAUUCUGUGGACCCGAUGCUGAUUGGCUCCAAGUCGUACUCCAGGACACAGGUGUAUUCUGGGAGAAAGAAUACGGGGAUGACAGACAUGGUGUCCUUGUAUGAGCUUUGCAUGAGAGUGCUGAUGGACAAUAUUGAUGGUCUGGACUAUGUAGGAGGUGUACCAUAUUACAUUCUGAAGCCUGUCCUAGAGAAAUGCUCUGCUGAACAGUUGUACAGACUUGAAGACUACAAUCCACAAUUUUUGGGUGAGACGGAUGAGCUGUGGGUGAUUUUGUGUAACCGGGAUUUCCGGGGCGCCAAACCAGACGAGAUGGAAUCCUGGCGAGAACUGUAUCUGAGACGCUAUGAUGAAAGAGAGGCGAAGCUUCAGAAAUUAAAGGCUAACAUUGCAGCUUCAGAAGAGGCGAGGAAGGCACCAGUGCGUCUCACCAAGCUCGCAUAUGUGGACACUGUUGCCAAACCGCCGCGAGAUGUGAGACGAAAACAGAUGAAGUAUGGGACGGCUACAGUGGACAUGAGCCCCUCAGGGUCCAAACCUAACCCAGCUGGUUACCAGAGAUCGAGUCUCAAGAGUCGCCUCGCCAUGGACACAGCUCCUGUAGCUCCACGCAGAGUGAUGAAGGCACCAGCCCCAAUGAUGCAGAAAACAAUGAAAAUGAUCAAAAAGCUACAAAGGCGUUAGAAUUCACCUGUCAUCCGCAAGGUAGAUUCAUUUGUCUGUCUGUCGGCCAGGAGCAAAAGGCCAUUUUAGCAAUAUAACAUUUCAGAGAUAUUUUCAUAAUAAAUGUGAAAAAGUCAAGGAAAGUGCUGUCAUAGCCAUGAGUAGUUCUCAUUGUGACGGCGGGGUAUUGAGUGGAAGGAAAGCUUCCGCGUUGCAAGAAAAAGACUCAUUGAAGUAAAAGUGUACUCCAGUUUGAUACACAGCUUAACGGUGUAAUACGCCUUUUUUAAAGUUUGUUUUAAUUAUUUUUUUCCAUAUCAGUAAAUCUGUGUGAUUUCUCUGUGAUUACAAUCUUAAGUGUGGGAAUAUACCUGUUAUGGAAAAAAAAAAUUUAUGUUCAUUUUUAUGUGAAUAUAAAAACGCAGAAGUGAAAACAUGCGCUGCUGUAUAACAGAAUUCAUUUCGCUUAACGUUAAAUGUAAACUUAAUUUUGAGAUCAAAAGUUUAUAAAGCUAAUACACAAGAUCUUUCUGUUUGUUUUAAGUU